CAGGCGGCUUGCUGUAUGUAUCAGUCAGGGACAGCGAGUCAGUGAGCCGCGGCGCUGUGUAGAGAAGGGGUGUUGUAGUUGGCUCAUGUCGAACGGUCUUAAUAGAGAAAAUACGUCGCUGUGGAGACGAACAGACGAAAUUAUCCUUUCCAAACAGCGGACGGAGCGAAUAAGGUUCUUGCGGUCUCCAGGGAGUGAGAGAAGCCUUGCGACUGCUUGGUGAAGCAAUAGUGGCUUCUGGUCUCUUCAGUCUCCCUUUUCACCUUUGUCAAGAUGGGGAACGGUUUAUCGGAGCCCCACAGCAUCUUCCCGGGACUGCCAUCGUUCCAGGCCUUGCAUAUUGUCAUUCUCGGACUGGACUGUGCCGGCAAGACUACAGUGUUGUACAGGCUGCGCUUCAAUGAAUUUGUGAACACGGUCCCAACUAAAGGCUUCAACACUGAAAAGAUCAAAUUGGUUCUGGGCACUAAAAGUCGAACGACAGCGUUCCACUUUUGGGAUGUAGGCGGUCAGGAGAAGCUGCGGCCGCUGUGGCGCUCAUACACGCGCUGUGCAGAUGGCCUUGUGUUUGUGGUGGACUCUGUGGACACUGAGCGCAUGGAGGAGGCCAAAACAGAGCUGCACAAGAUCACAAGGCUGCAAGAGAACCAGGGCGUCCCUGUGCUUGUGCUGGCUAACAAGCAGGACCUGCGUAGUGCGCUACCGCUGGGUGAACUGGAGAGGCUGUUGGCGCUCACUGAACUCGGUUCCCACACACCUUGGCAUCUCCAGCCGGCUUGUGCCAUCAUUGGAGAGGGCCUACAGGAGGGUCUGGAGCGUCUGCACGGCAUGAUCAGCAAGCGGAGGAAGAUGAUGAGGCAGCAAAAGAAGAAGAGAUGAGUGAGACGGGUUAGUCAGGUUCACUCAUCUUGUGAUUACAUGCCUCCUGUCACUGUGCACUGGUGGAUCCAUUGAUUUUACUGGUUGAGUUUUAUCAGCCUGAUUGAUAGAGCUGAUUGAUUGCAGUUCAAAGACUGUUCGUUAACCACUGUAGACUAUUGAUUUGUCACCUUGGUCGUGGAAGGGUGCGCCGGAGUUGUCCAGAUGACAUCACAGGACCUUUGAUACUACUUAAGUGGACAUGUUGUUCAUUGAUUUCUUAUGAAGGUAAACACUGGAGGAAAAACUCGUACAUCGUGAUGUUCUUUGACCGACAGUGUUAAAUAAUCUGUGAUCCACAUGUGAAUUAAUGAAGCGAAAAGAUAGAUUACCAAAGCCCCUGCGGAAUGUUCUGAAAAAUCUAAUGUACACAUAGUGGUGAUCUUUCACUCCUGUUCAUGUGCUAAACACAAGCCUUUUUUUAUUGGACCACUGUUGCACAACACAGGUGGCGUUGUAAGGAGAACCAGGAUAAGCUUUAUGCGUCACUACUUGGGAAACACAUAAAUGAUUGCGUAUAACGUCAGAGAACUGAGUGCUUCACCAGCCAAAACACAUGCAGUCCUGCACUUUCAGGUGUCUUGUUUGAAGGUUAACAGGACUUCUCCCAGGGUUCCUGAAGUUUUUCUGUCUUUACAAUCAAAGUGGAAUGAUGGUGUUAUUUGUAGUACUAUACACCAUGUGUGCUUCCCUCUACAUUUAAAUGCACUUUAGCAAACCCCUUUUGUAGACUAUGAACAUCAGAUUUUGUAUAAAACCUAUGACAUUGCUUCAGAUGAAGCGUUUUAUAAGUUGUUUCAUGUUCAGGUGUGUCAUUUUGUCACUCAGUAUGUGUGUGAUGGAGGGCUUUGUAUGUGUCAAAAGUUAUGCGCCUUGAAUAAAACAACAGAUUCAAUUAAGAAACUUGAA